ACUGUGACUGGGAAACGGGUGGGCUGUGAGGUUAGACAGAUCCCAGAGCAGCUGUGCGGGGAAAUCACAUGAAUACAAUCUGCAGUGGGGGCUGUAACAUUCCUGUAAUAAGUCUCCUCUGCAGUUUAACUCCUCAGCUGCAAGACAAUAUGUUAUAGCCAUUGGGUCACUACUGGAAAGAAGAGCGGCAGCCACUGCAUUACAUUCUCCAUCUCUGGAUAAACUCAUCUGCUUCUAUGUUAGGGGAAAACUCUUGGCUGUAAAACCAGAUCCAUUAUCCUAAGGGGGUUGUUGUGACACUGGAUCUGGAACAAUGCCCGGGAGUGUGAAAUCACUGAGCAAGUACUCUGGUUACCAGUCUGAGAAGCAAUGCAAGAAAACUUCCUUUGCCUUCUACCAGGCGGUGAGGGACCUGCUGCCCGUGUGGGUGCUGGAGGAUAUGCGGAUCAUGGAGGUGCUGCAUUGGGAGGAGGGGGGCAAUGUAAGUGCUUACUCCCCCUCUGAAGCUCUGCUCUAUGCCCUUGUGCACGACCACAAGCCAUAUGCCCAGUACCUGCUCAGUCACUUCCCCCAAGAUGCCCUGGCCAUGCCCAGCAGGAACUUCAGCUGCUGCCAGUCCUCGGCUCCGCACCUCACCAUGGCAGUCAGGUACGACAGGGUGGAAAUACUCCGGAGGAUCCUGAGAACCUUGCGGGACCUACCAGCGAGCAGUCGGAGCGCGUACAUCAAUCGCCGGGGCUGCUGUAGGGUUGAGGGUGGGAAGACCCCAGUGCAUUUAGCUUGUGAGCUGCACAGAGCAGAAUGCCUGAUGUUGCUGCUGGGGUGCGGUGCCUGCCCCUAUAUAACGGACAGUAGCGGCAACACCCCCUUGGACACUUUGUUGCAGCUUUUGGGAGGAAAGCAGCAAGAUGUGCGGGUCACGCGCCUCUGCCUGGACACUCUGCUCCUCUACAUGCCCGAGGGGCCCCUAUUCAAAUGCAGGAACGAGCUGCAGGAGAACCCAUUGCAGUGGAAGGGACUAUUAGGGAAGCACUUGUACAUCUGGUUGACAGGAGCCUCUCCCCCCUCCCUGUUUACUAUUUCCAUGCAGGCCCUGCUCCGAUCAGUCCCUCCAGAAAGGUUCCCAGAGGCCCUGGAAGGACUGCCCCUCCCAGACUUCCUAAAACCCCCAGCAUUGGCAAAAAAAGAGCUAAACCAUCUAUAACUGCUGGACUUGUGGAACGUGACAUAGUGACCUGGACUUUGCUUCUGACCUUUGGAACCCACCAGGUUUAAAGGAAGCUGGAAUGUUGCAAUUCAAGAUGGCAGCGGCAGCCCAAAAGGUUAACCCUUUCAUUGCAAAACCCACCUGCAAAAAUGGGUAAAACGCAGAAUGUACUUUUCAAUAGUUGCUAAAGCCAUGUUGUGGACAAGUUGUUGUCUAAAAAUGUGUUUUAUGUUUUCAAGAAUUUAAUCUUUUUUGUAAUUGUAAAUAAUUUUUUACCAUUUCCCCUACAUCCCAUAAAUGCACUUUUUAAUUUAAUCAACCAUUGAUCAAUGGUUACAACUUUUUUCAAAGGGCUAAAAUCUAGAAACGUCCCUUUUUAAAAAAAGAUUGUGUAUUUAUAUCAUGUGUUUGAAUGAAUGUGUGUGUGAUUGAUAUAUAUAUAUAUAUGUAUAUAUAUAUAUAUAAAAAUAAACUUUAAAGGGCAUAUCUCUCUGGGCCGUAUAUUAUAGGAAUAUAGCAGACUGUGUCAUUGGAGAGGAGUUUGUUGUGGUCUCUGUGUGCAUUUAAAUUGGCAUGCAGGGCUAGUUUCUCUAUCUGGUGCCCAUAGGCAGACGUUACUGAAGUAAUCUCAGUAUUUUUUUUUUCCUGCUUUGUGACCAGUACUUAAUCUCUAAUUAAGAACCCUAUACAACUCAUGUCCUAUGUCUGUCUAGCUUUACUUACUAGGACAAGCAAAAUGUAAGGACAGAAGUGGAUUUUGAAUGUUUGAUCUAUAUACUUUGUUUAAUGAGCUGUCAGCCCCUGUUCCUGUGUGUACAUUUUGAACAAAUUACUACAGCAUUGAUUGCACUAUAACUAUUGAGUUCUCACUGGUGCUCUGUACAUUAAUAUAUAUAUUUAAUAACAGAUACAUAACUGAUAUUUGAAUUUAUGUACAAAAGCAGGUCUUGCUGAAUCAAAAACCACUCCCUUUUCAGUCAUUUUAUAUAAUAUUGUUCCUGUACUAUUAGCAGAAAAAUGUUACACAGCUGUUUACUUAAAUGAUUGUGAGAUGCAUGCUAGAUAAAGUUAUAAAAAUACUCUGAUAUUAUCCCUUCUUCAGUAAUGUAAUUCAGAUAAUACAUCUGAGAAUAAUAAAUUAUGCAAAAUAUUAAAAGGUGUUCUUACUCUCUGUAUUAUUGUCAGAGAAGUGUGAUCAUUUUUUUUGAACUAUUUUUAAAAGUUUGUAUCAUUUGCCAGAAAUGCAGAGUUAAUGCACUUUAAGCAAAUUUACUAUAAUAUGUACAAUGCUCUGAGAUUACUACCUCAGAUAUUUUUAUGUUCUGUUUCCAUUUCUUGAAAUACAUAUUUUUGUUAAUAUAUAUGGUAAUGAAUUAAAACCUAAGUAUGUAAACAACUAAGUUUCUUUUCAUAUUUGCUAUUCUAGUAAAAAUGGUGUGUUCUUUUUUCCCUUCAAUACAGUAUUUUGGAGCAGCCAAGUGUCUUUUUAUAAACUGUGCAUUUUAUGCAGAGGUGCAUUUGUAUACUGCAGGAUAAUUAUAAGAUUAUUAAACUUCUUGUUAACACUUGCUUACCUAAAA